AUGAGAGCAGGGAUUAGUACACAUUUUAUUAGUAUUGCCUUAAAGGGAAUACAUAUACCUUUGUUAAGAAGCUUCAAUUUCAAUGCUUCUAGAGCUGUUUUGUCUCUAAAGGCACCAUCACUAACAAGAUGA